AUGAACCCCAUUGUGCAUCUUUUCCACGGAUGCCAUGCCAGUGCAAAGGCAGGGGGGACAACACACAAAUAUACAUAACCAUAUCACCAGGGGACUAUAAUCCCAUACAAGCUGUGAUUUCACUGGAAGUUCAGAUCACACCAAGCCAGGGUGAGAUUAGCCUUGGAGAGUCCAAAUUCUUCAUGUGUGAAGUUGUAGGUGUUGCCAGGCAGAUAGACUGGUUUGGACCAAGUGGGGAGAGGAUAGAACCGAACAGACCAGACAUAACAGUAACCCGUAAUGAUGAGUCAUCUUCCAUCCUCACACUGUAUAAAGCUGGGACUGAAAAUGCAGGGACGUACAAGUGUGUUGCUACCAAUGGAGACCAGCAAGGGGAGUCAACUGUCAAAGUGAAGAUCUUCCAAAGAAUCACCUUCACAAGUGCACCCUCACCACAAGAGUUUACUGAAGGAGACAAUGCCAACAUUGUUUGUGAUGUCGUCAGUUCGCCUCCACCCACAGUCCUCUGGAAAUAUAAAGGAGCAAAAAUACAGAUGGAAAAAGAUGUUCGUUUUAAAGUACUGAGCAACAAUCACCUUCAAAUCCGUGGCAUAAAGAAGACAGAUGAGGGCUCAUAUACCUGCGAGGGUCGCCUCAUGGCCCGCGGCGAGAUUGAUCUGCGGGUCAUCAAGGUCGUUGUGAAUGUGCUCCCGACCAUUAGGGUAUGGCAGUCAGAGGUGAAUGCCACAGCAGAUGUUGGGCAGCCGGCCACGUUGACUUGUGCUGUUGAUGGCUAUCCCGAACCCAUGGUGACCUGGACAAGGAACGAAGUAGUUCUCGAGGCAGGAGAGAAGUACAGCUUUAAUGAAGACGGCUCAGAAAUGACAUUAUUGGAAGUUACCAAGCUGGACGAAGGAGAGUACACCUGCAUUGCAAAGAACAAGGCUGGUGAAAGUGAGCAGGAACUCAGUCUGAGAGUGUUUGUCAAACCUAAGAUCACAUACAUCGUAAACCAGAGCACCUCAGAGAUGGAGGAGCAGGUAACUCUGACUUGCGAGGCAUCUGGAGAUCCAACUCCCACCAUCAACUGGAGCUACGGUGAGCGCGUCUUCACUGAAGGAGAGCAGGCACAUCUAAACAGGAUCUAUCAGGCAUCAUGGACUCGGCCCGAGCAACACAAGAGUCUGGAUGGAAAUGUAGUGGUGAGGAGUGAUGCUCGUGUGUCCUCCCUCACUCUGAAAUAUGUCAAGUAUUCAGACGCUGGUCAGUACGUCUGCACAGCACGCAGUGCCAUUGGAGAGGAUGAUCAGUCGGCAUAUCUGGAGGUCCGCUAUGCCCCUAAGAUCCACGGUGCAGUGGCAGUGUACACCUGGGAGGGAAAUGCUGUCAAUAUCAGCUGUGAGGUCGUGGCUCAUCCCAGUGAUGUCUCUAUUGAGUGGCUGAGAGAUGGACUGCAGCUCCCCAACUCAAACACCACCAACAUUAAGAUAUUCAGAACUCCAUCAUUCAGCUACCUUCAGAUAACCCCCGAGUAUGAAAAUGACUUUGGGAGCUAUAACUGCACUGCUUCAAAUGAGAUGGGUACAGAGUCAAAGGAGUUCCUCCUCAUUCAGGCCGAGGUGCCAUCACCUCCAUCCAUCAGUGAGGUGAGGCCCUUCUCCACCACAGCACAGAUCCAGUUUGAGGAGCCUGAAUCUACUGGAGGUGUUCCUGUAUUGAAAUACAGAGUGGAGUGGAGGACCCGGGGCAAAGGCAGCUGGGUGCAGAGGAUCCAUUAUGGCUCCAUCAGUGAGGUGACUAUCACAGGCCUGAAGCCAGAGACCAGCUACGAAGUGAAGUUGUCAGCCAUCAACGGCAAGGGUGAAGGUGAAAGCAGCCCAGCUGAGUUCUUCAAGACAGAGCCUGUCCGGAAUCCCAAUCCUCCUAAACUCGAAGGGGCACUUCAACCCAAAGGCAACUCCCUCAAAGUCAGCUGGAUCAAGCAGGACGAUGGCGGCUCACCCAUUUUACAUUACCUCAUCCGCUAUAAACCACUAGAGGCACCAGAUUGGAAACCAGAAAUCCGGAUGCCCAGCGGCAGCGAGUAUGUGGUUCUCAGCGGGUUGGAGUGGGACACAGAAUACAAUGUCUAUGUGGUGGCAGAGAAUCAGAAGGGCAAGUCCCCGCCAGCAACCAUGUCCUUCAGGACGUCCACAGAGCCAGAUGCCAUCCCAGAUUUGGGUGAUGAGGCAGCGCUCUCCAUGGGCAUCAUGCUCUGGGCAGGGAUUCUUGUAGUAGCAUUUGUACUCCUGCUGCUGGCUGUGGAUGUCACCUGUUACUUUGUCAACAAAUGUGGCCUCAUCAUGUGCCUCUGCGGCAAAUCAGGCACAGGGACCAAAGGACACAACUUGGAGGAGGGCAAGGCAGCCUUCAUGAAAGAUGAGUCCAAAGAGCCAAUAGUGGAAGUCAAAACAGAGGAUGAGUGCACAGCCAACCAUAACGCAGCAGGGCCGACAGAACCCAAUGAAACCACACCUCUCACAGAGCCAGAGCUGGCGGCUUUCACUGCUGCUCUGGCACUGGACACGCUCUCCUCCAUAGCCACCAACUCUGACACAGCCACUGCAACAAUUGACCCCGCUCAGGACAGCCCCUCUAGCGAGACCACUACCCUCACUUGUAGCCUGUCUACCCCUGCCAAUGACCCCUCAGAGCCCUCACCUACCCUUGUUCCGGCUCCGACUCCAGAGUCGAACACCGCCCCACCGACUCCCCUCAUCUCCACCUCUGCCGUCGAAGCUAAAAUGGCCCCGUUAGUAGAACAAAGAGGAAGUAACCCCCCAGAAGAACAGGAGAAAAUAACCACUCCUCCAUGUACCCCUGAAUGGACUAAAGCUCAAAAAUCCGGGACACCGAUACCACCAAAGCGCAGACACUCUCCUAAACUCGCCGCUCUGAAUGCUAAAGGUAGCCCCCCCGUAUCUCCCCUGGCUGCGUCUUCCUCAUCAUCCUCUCCCACUCUCGACACCAAGAAACCUGCACCGAAGCCACCAGUCAGCAAGCUUCCUAUACAGCCACACACUGUAGCCUUAGACACUGAGACUCCAGCACAAACUGCCCCUCCAAAACCAGACCCUGAUUCAAAUACAACGGCCCCAGAUCCCUGCGGGUUUAGCCUUACUGCCUUUGACACUAAUAAUAAACCUGUUGACCAAACUUUUGAUAGUAACAAUCCCACUGCCAAAGAUGCUGCAACCAGCUCUCCUUCCGUGAUCCACGGGGCUCUUAAAGUCCUGGAUGCUGAAGAAUCUGCUCCUCUAGUUGCAGAUGUCCCAACCCCUCUACCUGUUACAGCUAUUUCUUCUACUCCUGCCCCCACUGGUCUUGAGGCACCAGUCUCAAAUGAUCUCCUCACAUCGGCGUCCGACACGUAUGACUUUCUAACCCCCAACGUGGGGCCCAAAAUUGCAAAUUUAGAGUUCGAGCUGACAAACGGGACAGAAAUACCCUCCCUGCCACCCGCAGACCUUAUUAGCUUAGAGAGUCCGCCCUCUGCCCCCUCUCUGACCAAUGGAGAUGGAGCAGACCUCCCCCCCUCAGGCCCAGUUCUGGAGGCAUCAGAGACUCUGGCCAAGACUGCUCCUGUCAACGAUGAGUACGGCUCCCUCUAGAGGUUUCUGUGUGUGAAGAUUUUUUCUGAUGAGAAAGGGAAGCUGGAAGAGGCAGAAUUUUCAAACACCCUGACGGCAAUCGCUGCAGAACACAACAGUGUCAUACAGACAAAUACCACCGAGAGCAAAGCAUGAUGGGCCGGGGAAACCCCAGCCUAAUCCAAAACAUUUUUGCAGCAGCAACGAGCGAGAAACACUGAAGGAGUUUUGAUUUCCAGUGCCCUUAACUACAUAUUGAAAACAACACACGUUAAUUUCUGGUUUCAUUCAUGAAAUGUUUACUACACCCAAGGAGUUUAUCAUUAGGUCAUAAGAGAUUUAUUUUAUUUUUUUAUUGUUAUUUUAUUUAACCAGUCAGGACAAUUAAAGAAGAAUCUCUUAUUACAAUGAUCACUUGGUAAAAUAUGAAAUUAGACUCGACUUUCUGUUGUGCUUAUAGUUUGAAUUGCAAUUGUGCACAAAUCUUGGAUUAAUAUGACAAAUGGAGGAGAAAAAAAACCUGACUAUAUAUAUAUAGAUAUAUAUAUAUAUAUAUAAAAAAUUAUUUUUCUUAUUUUCAUGUUCAACUGUUCAAAUGUGAAACUGUUUGAAUUUUUUGGUUUUGACUCUUUAAUUUGUGGGCUAGUCUCAUUAAAUAGCUUGUUCUGCAUGUCUGACCUGCAAGUGGUUGUAAAGUUUUGUUUGCAAGGUUUAUGGUUUCACUUUGUCUGUUACAGAGAUGUGUCAUCUCUCACAGAUACGCUGGCAUUGAUUAAACAUAGGCCCGAGUUCAAUAUUAUAACCAUAUUUGCUAUGGUUAUAAAAAUACAGGAUUAACCCACAGCCAGCUGCAGGGGAAAAGAGACUAACAGAGAAUCACAUCGACAGUGUGCAUGAUCAGAUCAGAUUUGGCCUAUUUUAUGAUCAAAUGUAUUCAGUCUGUCACUGCCUUACCACAGUGUUAGUUAAAAAUAUUAAUAAAAAUGCGUUUAAUUAAAAGAGGCAACUCGUAAACACAAAUGUUCACAGAAAGACAAAAAAAUGCCAGCAGAACUGCUGAUUCUCAGCCAAGGGUUGAAGAACCGCGAAUCAAGCGAAUGUCUUAUGAUCUUGCGCUAAAUAUAUACGCCACGUAUUUGUUUGGGGGGCAACAACUAUGAUAGCUAUUGUUUCUUCCUCACAUUAAAGCAGAUCAAAGGUCUGGCUUUGUGCUUUGAGUUGUGCUUUUGAAGCAAAAAAUAAAUAAAAAAGCCUUUUUGUACUAUUUAAAAACUACAAAGAUUUCUUUUCCAUUUCCUGCCUGCAAGCUUGUGCACUGUGCCUGUGUGUCAAUAGAUUGUCUUGUCAUCAGUUUCUAUGAUAAUCUGCAUAGCUUUGUCGUGAGAGAUUUAGCCUAUUCUUUUUAUUUAAUAUAUUGUAUUAUUAGAAGAAAAGUAUGAUAAAUGGACUAAUGUGGUCAUUAUAACACGUGUAGUGUAUAAAUCUGUCCGUCUCUGGUCACAGCACUAUAUAUUGCCAGCUAUAGUGAAGGAAGGUGUUUUGAGCCUUGGCAUGAAUUCAGUCAGUACUUCAUAACGUGUAACUACAAGGCAGAUAGACGUGCCCAUGUUUGUUUGAGGGGGAAAUAAUUCUCAUAUUGAUUUAAUAAGUGUUACCUUUGGGACUUAUUCUGGAAUUACAACACAUUGUUUUUAUUUCUCUACCCCCCAACCCCAGUUUUUAUUCAAGUGUUCUGUAAUGUGGUCUUUGAAUUUCUUUUUUUAGUUUUUGUCUUUUUGUACAAAAAUCACUCACCAAGAGCGACUGUUUGACAAGUUCAGGACACCAUUGGCAGGAAGCAAGGUGGUCCACCUGAGACAGGCGAUUAAACUUUUUUUUAAAGCUUUAGAUAAUAGAUGUAAUGUCAAGAGAAGUGAAGUAUAUAACAAAAACGACAAGCUUGUACUCCACUGCUGUUACCUGACCACCUUGCUCCCUCGCCUCUGGACGCUCCUUUUGGUUUUACUGGGUCAAACUCAGAAAAUAUCUGUUGUGUACAGUCUGAGUGCUAACCCAUUUACAAAAUAAAACAUUUUCCGAAUCUAA